CUGAGAGACGGAGUUUUACACGCACAUACACACUCACUCACUAACACACACUCACAAAAGCACACACACACACAUUCACAGUCUCUCACACACACAACCAAAUGAGGCGUUGAGCUAAAAGCUCAACCUGAGGAGCCGCAGCAGGAGAGCAGGUUCAGACAUCACUACUGAAGCCCCUCCUCUCCAUAAUUGCGUCACGCACGGAAGAAUCAUGUGGGUUCUGGACAAAAUCCGGAGCUCAGUGGAGAACAACGUGCCCCGUCCAGGGGAGGCAGGCGAUAAACAGGAUAAAACCCCCAUCUACAGCAAUGUCCUCACUCCAGACAAGAUCCCUGACUUUUUCAUCCCACCCAAACUGGUCAGCUGCCCUCCAGAGGCUGAAACACCGGAUGUCAAGCCCAAGGAAGGUCUGCGUCCAUCCACGUCAGAGCAGACGAUCGGCAACAAGAUCAUCAGCAGCCCUCGGAGUCCCCGCUUGGUCAGCAAACUGGCUGGAGACACCAAGAACCUUCUAAAAGCCGCCAACCGCCACAUAAUUCAGAUUGAAAGUGCAGACGACGUUGUCGCCGGUGAUACCAAUGCUGAUCCUCAGUCGCAGACGGCUAUGUCUCUACCAUAUAUCCCAAAGACUCAGACCUCUUAUGGGUUUGCUACGCUAAUGGAGAGUCCCCACACUCGCCGGAAAGAAUCCCUCUUCCACUGCGAUCACACGAGUCCCAUCACCUCCCCUAACACCCAGCGCAAGUCCCAGGGCAAGAGCGGCACCGACAGCAGCCAUCUGAACCCGGUGGAUUACAACACGUCCCACAUCAGUCCGUACCGUUACUUCAGCGGGGGUGAGAGUGAUACUUGUUCCUCUGCUGAAUCGUCUCCAUUCAGCUCCCCUCUCCUAUCCCGCUCCGCCUCUCUGCUCAAGAUCUUCACCCACGAGACCCAGGCGAAGGUGGUCAAGGCCAAGAGGACGUUCGCUCGGCACAGUUCACUCUCCACGGAUGAGUGCAGUUCAGCAGAGCCCAGCCCCAAUGUACCCAGGCGGGUUCACUGCUCCUCAGGAGGCGGUCCCCUGGACCAUCUGCAUGGAAGAGACAGACAACAAAGAGAGCACACGGUCAACUUGCACAAAGGUGGCACCAUCCGACUCUGCGCCGACUACGACGGGGGCACGGCACGCCUACGCAUUCGUAUCAUAGCGGCCGAGGACCUGUACGACCAGAUGUUCGACAUGAAGAGCAUCAACUGCUGCGUAUCGCUCUACCUCAAUCCGGGCAAGCUGCAGAAGCAGCGGAGCAAUAUCAUCAAGAACAGCCGCAAUCCUGUCUUCAACGAGGACUUCUUCUUUGACUCGGUCAACUCGGCGAUGGUGAAAACCCUGGCUCUGAAGAUCAAAGUUGUGAACAAGGGCACUAGCCUGAAAAGGGACAGCUUGCUGGGAGAGAGGGAGGUCCCUCUGGGGAAGCUCUUGUCUGGACUUUAAAGCUCUAAGCUCUAAGGACUUAUGUGGACUUACUGUCUUCAAAUGGCAACUAAUGUACUCUGAAUUAAAUAGCUAAGCCUGUUUUCAUGUAGCAUUAGAUAGUACUUUCUUUGGGUAGAUUUACUCAUAAGACUAUAGAGCUUGGUACUCAUAGCAAGUAACUGUGUUCAUUGGAAUUUGGUGUGGAUAUACAGAUAAUGUUAUAUCGGAUGUAUGUUUUGUUAUACAUAUAUACAUAUUUAAAUAUAUAUUUUCUGUGUGAACUGAUGCAGAUAGAACAUUCGCUUCUUGUUUUUUUUUUUCCAGCCCUGAUCCUUUGAACUCGCACAAUGACCCAGUGUGCAAAUGUUAGCUUUGAUCCUGGAUGCAUCUGCUGACUAAUUGGGAGGAUGAAUAACUAACAAUGGAGGAUGUUGCAUCACUGUCUUUCCAGACGUUGGUGUAAACAUGGAAAAAAAUGACGUUGGUGUGAGUGUGUGUGUGUGUGUUUUUUAUCGUGAGACCCAGAAGCCUUACUGAAGAGGGAGGAAGUUGGCGUGUCAUGGUCAGCUCUGACUGGACUGCAUCAACCUGAGUGUGACUUUGUUAACAUGUGCGGACUAGAUGUCAUACUUGUUGAAUAUAUUUAUUGUACAUCGCUGCAAGGAAGAAUGUUAAAUCAUGCGUUCUUGACCUUUUAUGGACUCUUUAGACUGAAAGUUAUGUCAGUUUAAUGUUUUCUUGGGCACUUAUAAUGAAAGGAAAUGCUGGGGGACUCCAUUCAGUCCAACCGAGAUACUGUACCUAAUGCCAGGUCGUUUUACCCGUCACAUUACACAACUCCAUGUCUUGUAAUCUAGACUAUUUGAUUUGUGGUUUACACACUAUCCAAUUAAACAUCGACAUACGGUUACAAAUGAUAAGAUCUUUCACCAGGAGGAACCUGCAGCAAGUUCGUUUUCCAAAAACAUGUUUUUUUUUUAACCAAAACCGAUGCAAUGCUAUCCAGAAGACAUUAUUUUCUUCUAGAUUGUUUUUGGCUAAAAUUGUGUAAUGUAAACUUGGUACAAUUGAUUUCAAUCUAUAUUAAACGUGAUGCUUUCAGUAUUUAAAACUCUUCUACAACAGACUAAAAAAAGCAUAAUUUGAUUUGAUUUGAGUUUUGGUCUCAAACAGCCAAAUUCUCAGGAACUAUAAAUACAAAGAUCUGCAGUGUCCUAAGGUCCCUGGUCUAAUAUGCAAAUUAUGAGGCCAGACAUGCUGCAAAAACCUUGUAUCUCCACCAUGGCAGCUUUUACCUUUCUAAUAUUCAAUGCAUUUCUAAACUCUUAAUAAUAAAGGUGCUACAAAGUGUUCUUUAAUGAUGGAAUUUAACUGAAAAUUUAAAUUCCAUGUGAAAGUAAAUUUUUAUGUAACAAAAAUUGCAUCACUUAACAUAUAUGUUUGACAUGAUAACGCAAAAGCAACUGACAGAUUGAGAUUAUUUUUUAUUUAAAAAAAAGAAAAUUCCUUUAUUUCAAUGGACUAAGGCGCUGCCCCUCUAACCUGAGGAUUGCUGCUUGCCAUCAGCAGCCGGAGUCCGUGAGAGCUCAAUUGGCCUUGCUGUCUCUGGGUGGGUAGAUGGCACUCUCACUAUCCUCUCACUAUCAAUCCCAAGGUGAAGUUGGACAUCAUAGGCUGCACUUUCCUCUGAGCAUGCUGGCUGAGCAUGAUGCUGCUGCAUCAGCAACAGUUGUAAAAAGAAGGCAUAUGCUAGUCUUCAGUCUUCUACUGUUGGGAGCAUUACUACAGAUGGGGGAACCCUAAUGUGUGUGUAGUGGGUGUAUUAAUUGGCCUUCCAAAUUGGGAAUAGAAAUGAAUUAUUUAAAGAUGGAGAUAUAAGGUUUUUGUGUGACAGCAUUGAUAAUUAAUCAAGUAUUAUCCCAAUCCAAAACACAAAAUAAGUCAUAAAAGCAAUAUUACAGCACCAUCAUUUCUUUGUUAAUGCAAGUUUGAAAUGCAGUACUUCAGUCUGAAUCUUGUGAAGUGCUUUUCCUUGAUGCAUUCUUGGAUAUUAUUAUGAUAAUUGCAGAAAAAGUCCCAUGGCUCUAGCUCACUGUUUGAUGUAGUAAA